UGGUCUAGUCUAGUACAAACCAGCCAGGUUGUAGUUGGUCUAGUCUAGUACAAACCAGCCAGGUUGUAGUUGGUCUAGUCUAGUACAAACCAGCCAGCUUGUGUCAUCAUUUCUUAAUCCCUGAAAACACACUCUCACACACUGCAAGCUCUGAUGACGGUGAAGUCCAGACUGAGGCAGCUCUACCCUGACAGUGAAGAGCUGAUUGAUAUCAUCCUGAUGACUAAUAACCAUGCCCAGGUCGGUGUUCGCCUCAUCAACAGCAUCAACCACUACGAUUUAACCAUUGAGAGAUUCUGUAUGACGGGAGGUCAAAGCCCCAUUGGCUAUCUAAAGGCCUGCAUGACCAACCUGUACCUCUCCAUGGAUGGAGAGAAAGUCACUGAGGCCAUUGAGGAGGACAUUGCUGCAGCGACCAUGUUUACAUCUGGAGAUGUGGAGAACCAGCUUUCUGACACCCAGCUGAAAGUAGCUUUUGACGGGGACGGUGUCCUCUUCUCUGACGAGUCAAAGAUCAUCUACAAACAACAGGGCCUGGACGCGUUCAUUGAGCACGAGAAGAAAUUUAAGAACACACCUCUUACAAAGGGUCCCUUGAAGUGUUUCCUGGAGGCACUGGUGAAGCUCCAGAGAAAGUUCUACGCUAAGAACGAGCGUCUGACCUGCCCCAUUCAUACCUACCUGCUAACAGCCCGCGGAGAAGACUGCUCGGGGGCCCGUGUCCUUAAUACCCUCAGGAGCUGGGGCCUGGAGAUCGAUGACAUCCGAUUCCUAAAAGGGGCCCCCAAAGGUCCCAUCCUGCAGGAGAUCAGGCCCCACAUAUUCUUCGACAACCAGAUGUUUCACAUCGAGGCGGCCAUAAAGAUGGGGACCAUCGCUGCACAUGUACCUUAUGGGAUCGGACAGAAGUAUCACAGUGGGAAACUUAUUGAGCAGCCCGCUAAAGAUGCCAAAGACAAGAAGUAGUGACUCUCCUAGUAGUGGGAAGGUAUCAUAUGUUAUGCAAAAGUUUAGUUGCACACAACCCUGUCAUCAGCUGUAGUAUCUUUAUUGUUUAUCAUCUUUUUUAGUUCAGGAUUUUGUGUUAUUUGUCUCUAUUUCCACUUUAUUACAAAUACCUUUGUCAUAAUAUAGUUUAUUAACAAGAGAGAAAAACCAUAUUUUAGGACUGUUGAUGUUGUACUCACUUCAGGGACCAAUGCCACCUAAUGUUCUCUGUCAUAAGUAGAGAAAGGAUCACUUUCCUACAAUCCUCAUCAAUCAAUCAAUCACGUUUAUUUAUAAAGCCCUUUUUACAUCAGCCGAUGUCACAAAGUGCUAUACAGAAACCCAGCCUAAAACCCCAAACAGCAAGCAAUGCAGAUGUAGAAGCAUGGUGGCUAGGAGAUAUUCCAUAGAAAGGCAGGAACGUAGGAAGAAACCUAGAGAGGAACAAAGUUAUGAAUGG